AUGCCCAAGGCUACCAGUUCCCGAGCCGCCGCUGCGGCGCGCAGACACAACCCUCUCGCAGACGAUAUCUCUGCCGUGGGGCAUCUCCGAACAACCAGCACCACCAAGAAGGGCAAGCGCCAGGAUGACGAUGAGGAGGGCGAGAAUGGCGAUCGCUAUAUUGAUGCCAAGAUGUCUCGCAAGAUUCUUCAGAUCGGUCAAGAAUUGGCAGACGAAGAUGCUGCCGAACACAAGCUCCGCAUUGGUGGGGCUCAGCAAAAAUCGAACGCGGCCUUUGACUUUGACACUCGGUUCGAGGAUGAAGCUUUGUCGGAUGAUGACAAGUUUGAGAAUGACGGUUGGGUUGAUGAUGAGGAGGAGGUUGAGGAUAUUGAGGUUGAUCCCAAUGAUCUCGAUAUGUUCAACAAAUUCAUGCCUGGUGGCCACGACGAGGACCCUAUCUUCGGCACGCGACAGCCCGGAGAGCAGAUGCAGCAACAGACGACAAACCUUGCCGAUUUGAUCCUGGAGAAGAUUGCCGAACAUGAAGCGAAGCUGAACGGCGAGAAUGUCGGUGGGCCCUUCAUUCAAGGUGGUGGUGCGCCCGAGGAUGCUGUGCAGAUCCCAGCCAAGGCUGUGGAAGUAUACGAGAAGGUCGGCAUGAUUCUCUCUCGCUACAAGUCCGGUCCUCUCCCCAAGCCUUUCAAGAUCCUCCCAUCUGUGCCAAACUGGCCGACCUUCCUCGACAUCACUCAGCCCGAGCGAUGGACCGCCAACGCUGUUUACGCCGCGACUCGCAUUUUCAUUUCCGCCAAGCCCUGGGUGGCUCAAGAGUUCAUCUCAACUGUGCUGCUGAACCGUGUCCGCGAGGAGAUCUACGAGACCAAGAAGUUGAACGUCCACACCUACAACGCUCUGCGCAAGGCCUUGUACAAGCCCGCAUGCUUCUUCAAGGGUCUGCUGUUCCCGCUUGUGUCCAGCGGUACUUGCUCCCUCCGCGAGGCCCACAUUGUCUCCUCGGUGAUCGCCCGCGUGUCCAUUCCCGUCCUCCACUCUGCCGCUGCUCUCCUCCGCAUGUGUGACUUGGCUGCCGAGCAGUCCAUGCGCUCGCUCGAGAGCACCGGUGCCGUCAACACCUUCAUCCGGGUCUUCCUGGAGAAGAAGUACGCCAUGCCUUACAAGGUCAUUGAUGCCCUGGUCUUCCACUUCCUGCGUUUCCGCAACGAAGAUCCCGCGGCCAUGGACGGCCCCGGUAGCUCCAAAGCCUACAAGCUGCCCGUCUUGUGGCACCAGUCUCUCCUGGUAUUUGCUCAACGUUACCGCAACGAUAUCACCGAGGACCAGCGCGAAGCCCUUCUGGAUUUGCUGCUCGUUCGCGGACACAAGGAUAUUGGACCCGAGGUGCGACGAGAGCUGCUUGCCGGCCGUGGCCGUGGCGUCGUGGUUCUGGAUCCCGAGCAACAGAAUGCCCUCGAUGCCGGUGAUGACACGAUGGAUGUGACUAUGUAG